AUGCCUCUCAUGGAGUCCGAACCAGCUGAAAAGGCGGAUCCCCCGAAGCGACUUCCAUUUCCACCCCUCACCCGUUCCCAUAUCCUCCACUGUUCGUACCAUUACUGGCAUCCUCUAUAUCGCUCGAUCACUCCCAAAGCCCGUCUAAUUCCACUGAACGACGCUUUCUUAUCCUAUCUACGUUCAGAUGGCAUUGUCCUCCCUCCCGAGGGCAACAACCGUGCGACGCUCGCGGACGACGACAGCGGCGUCUACUCGUUCUCCGAUUCAGAUACCGAAGAACAACCAGAUCCAUCUGUCGAGUGGAGCGAGAUUCAUACUCAGAUCAAGGAGACAAUCGCGGAACUCGGAGGCAGAGUCGUUCCUAAACUCAACUGGAGCGCUCCUAAAGAUGCUACGUGGAUCUCCGCAACGAAUGACAUGCAGUGUCGGACUGCCAACGACAUCUAUUUACUAUUAAAGAGUAGUGACUUCGUCACCCAUGAUUUGCAGCACGCGUUUGAUGACUGUGAACCCGAGGAGGAGGCUGCGACGACGACUGAGCCUUCCUCCGAAACACUCGACACCCAGAACAUCCCCUAUCAUCUUGUUCUCCGGAAAUACUUCAAUCUCAAUCCAUCGUUGGAGUUCCGCUGUUUCGUGCGCAACCGGAUACUGCUGUGCAUGUGUCAGCGAGAUCUGAACCACUUUGACUUCCUCUUCCCGAUGCGUGACUCACUGAGGGCUCGGAUCCAAUCCUUCUUCGACGAAAAGCUCAAAGACACGUUUCCCGACCCAAACUUUGUUUUUGACGUUUACAUCCCGCCACCCCAUGAGCGAGUAUGGCUCGUCGAUAUCAAUCCGUGGGCGAUCAGGACCGAUCCGCUGCUAUUCAGCUGGAUGGAAAUACUGAAUAUGAAGGACCCUACAGGCGUAAAGGAGGAGGGGCCUCUGGAAGAAGACGUUGUGAGACUUUCUCUCAACAACAAUAACGAGGGUCCUCAUAGCCAUCCUGACUCGUCAGAGUCGUCCACGGGAGGGAAAAAAGAAGAAGAAAAGAAAGAACCAUCUUCGAAUGAGACUGGCCCUUCGUUGCCGGAGUUUCGCCUCGUUGAACGCGAUGACCCAGAGGCUUAUGCAUUCACCACGCCGCAAUUCUCCGCCCACAAGUUACCAAAGGAAGUCGUUGACGCGUCCCGAGCUGGGCCCGGUGGGAUGAAAGACUUCAUGGGUAAAUGGCAGGACAUUUUGGAGAAGCGGUUCCAGGAAGAAAAAGAAGAGGGAUCCAGUGAUGAAGAAUAA